ACGGGACUGGGUACUAUAACACGAGGUAGCCCGUGUUUGGCAAUAACCGGGACUGUGUUAAAUGAGACUAUGCAGUCCCAAAACACAGCCCACACCGUCUACGAAAACUCAUGGGAUUGUGGAAGCCGCUGUUGUAGACGUCGAAAUCCAUUCUCGCUGGAUCUGCUCUUCGCCUCAACCUCAUCAUUCUCUCUCUCUCUCUCAUGCCAUUCUUUUGCUUCAGCCUCCUUCAACACCUCUUCUUCAGGAUUUGGUGUCUGGGUAGCUUGAUCUGCUGAGAAUUUUGAUCAAUUUUGUGUCUGGGUAGCUUGACCUAUUGGAGCACCAAACAUGGAUCAGGACUGUUAUAGAAAUAAUCCAAGUUAUAAGAGUCCGGGAUUGCUAUAGAAAUUAAGGUGAAGGGUGAUAGUCCUGUGAAACAAACAUGGCCUAAUGGUACUGAUAUGAACUCACCUCUAAUUGAAAGUAACUUGAAAUGUAAACUUUAACAUUAAUUAAUUGCUUGGUGUUGAAGGAAUAUCGAUUUAGUGUGCCUUAUCAAACUAGGAGUAGCAAUAGGAGAGAAGGUUCUAGAUUUCCCAAUCCUACACGGAUUGGUAUUCCUUGUAACAUUAGAACUAGUACUUUGUAAUCCCUAUAUAUAGGGCUCCUAUUCUCAAUAAUAUGAUUACAAUUCUCUCUACAAUUUCUCUCAAAUCUCUUUUUCCUUAAACACGUUAUCAGCACGACUCUAACAACAAAACAGAAAACCAAAACUCAUUCACAAAGCAGCCCCUAGCCCGAGCUAGCCGAGCCUUCGCUGCAGCCCGCGCGCCCGUGCGUUUGCAACCUUGCACAGCAGCUCCUGCUGUCCCCUCCCUGCAGCCCCCUGCGUUCCAGCCUGCUGCCACCGAAGCAUCCCUGCUGCGCAAACAAGCCAACGCACACCCACUGCAUCUUUUUCCCGUUCCUGUGCACAUCCGUCCUCCUGCAAGCCUCUAAACAUCUAGUUCGGAAGCUCAGAUCGAAAAACUUUCUUCAUAAAAGUUGUUCGUCUCUGUCUCUUCCAUCUAACCUCCGAAUUUCAGCCUUAUCGGAGUUAUAUUGAGAUCUGUACACCAAUCGAAGUACAAGCUGUUCAGAACAAAAUCUGCUCCGAAUUUUCAACAAGAUGUCAAACAUGAACAAACUCGAUUUUGUUCCAUUGGAUUAUGCAGGCAAAAGGUACCUAUUUUGGGUCACUGAUGUCGAGAUCCACCUUAUUGCCCGUGAUUUAUUGCAUACUAUCCAAGAGCUUUGUCCUAUAGAAACAGCUCCAGACCCUCAAACUGAGAAAGAUAAUUCCAAGGCACUUGCCUUCAUGAAACGUCACAUGGAUAGUGACCUACAGUUUGAGUUCAUAAAUGAGGAUAGCGCCAUAAAGCUUUGGCAUGCGCUUCGCGAACGAUAUGGCAAUGUUCGUGACUCCAUACUUCCGAAUACAGAAGCAGAAUGGAAAAAUCUUCGCUUCUCUGAAUUUGACACGGUCAUGCUGUUUUAUUCGGAAGCCCUCCGCAUCAAAGUAAUGAUGCGUCUCUGUGGAAAGAUGAUCACAGAAGACCAGUUGAUUGAGAAAACCCUCAAUACCUUCCCCGCCUGUGCUAUGAGGUCCUCUGACUUAUUCCGGACUCAUGUAAAUGCAAGACGGAUCACAAGUUUUCAACAGCUUAUUGAAGCUAUGGCCACUACUGAAAGACAUGGCAAUGAACUUGUGCAAAGAAGAUUUGAUAGGCUUCAAGAUAGCUAUCAAGAGCAUCGUCCUAUGGCUAGAGAAAGUCGCCAUCGACGUCAUGAUCCAUACGAUCGAAAUGCUCAAGAAGGUAAUCGCUCAAGGCGACAAUCGCACGACCGUAGGAGGCGUGAUUUUGAGGGAAAUAGGGUUGGAAACCAUGGAGCCAACGUUGGCCAUGGGCACCACUUUCCAACGCCACCAGUCCAAGGGACUAUGCAUAUUGCGCCAAUGCGCCUCAAUCAAGGGAGAAUCCUCUUUAUGGUGUCUAUUUCUGAUAUGGAACGUCUGAUCAAUGGACCUGAAUUUGCAAUGCACCUACGAAGGUAGCCGCAUCAUGGUGAUCAAGACAUCGAGUUCACAAAGACUUUAAAUCUGGCGAUGAAGACAAAAUGCCGCAGAUUUUUAUUAGAAUAGUCUUUUAUAAUUUCCAAGAAUUAUGUAAUGGCAAUUAUGCCUUAAUCAAUAAAAUGACUUAUUGGAUUAUCUCUUUUCCUCUAGGCGUACUCAAUUAAGUAUGAUGUCUAGGAAAGUAAUUGAGAUUAGUGGUACUUAAGAGAGCUUUGCUCCACCGACAUCUCUCUCUACUUCCCUGGUCAUAUUUAAUUGGAAUUACCGAACGAAUUGAGUGACUACAAUUUGUCUAAAGUUUGAU